CUCUGGGGGUUCGAAGGCUAGCGAUCCAUGGAUGGAAGUUUUACAGCUUUGACAUACUAUCUAAAGGUUGUAGGGCAGGCGAAAUCCCCCCAAAACAGGUUGACCCUCCUCCAUCACUGGCAGAUGGACAAUACUAGGAUGAACUCCUUCUUAGAGUAUGCAAUUUGUAACCGUGGGACGAGCGCCUACUCACCCAAGGGCUACCAUCAUUUAGAGCAAGGGACAACCUCCUUUCCUGCUUGCUCAGGUACACCCACCAGUGACAGUUAUAAUGGAGACGGACGCUUUGUAGUAGCAGGGAGUGCUACCGUGCCAAGCCAUCCUACUCAGCCGAACCCAAGCUACCAUCACCCCCACCCUUCAGGGCUUGGCCUCCCCUUCUCGGGCUCUGCAUCAGCAGGGUACCCGCCCCAAGCCUGCAACCCCAACUACGGGCAUCACCAGUUCUACCUCAGCCAGCAGGAAACGGAUGGCGUGUAUUUCCAAUCACCAGGGUACUCUGCCCCCGCUGGAUCUAACCUCAGCUCUGGGUCAGACGGCUACUGCCCCGCCGUGUCAGGGUCUGGACAGUACCAACACCACCCCUAUGGCCAGGAGCAGCCAGGCUACUUGCAGGGGGCUUACAGCCACCUUUCGUCUGCUUUAAACGAGGACAAAGAUCACGCCUGCCCCACCGCCAGCCUCACACAGACCUUCGACUGGAUGAAAGUGAAAAGGAAUCCUCCCAAAACAGCUAAAGUGGCUGAAUAUGGACUGGUCGGGCCGCCCAACGCCAUCCGGACCAACUUCACCACCAAGCAGCUGACAGAGCUGGAGAAGGAGUUUCACUUUAAUAAGUACCUCACCCGGGCCAGGCGAGUGGAAAUCGCCGCCACCUUGGAACUCAACGAAACCCAGGUGAAGAUCUGGUUCCAGAACCGGAGGAUGAAGCAGAAAAAGCGGGAGAAGGAAGGCCUGGCCCCCGCUCCUGCCCCCAGGGCUGCUAAGGAAGUGAGCGAAGCCUCGGACCAGUCCAAUUUCACCUCACCUGAGGCCUCUCCCAACUCCGUUUCCUCCUGAAACGGUCCCUUCAAGGCGCAGGAAGGAUAAGGCCAUCUCCCUGCAAACUAAGCCAAGGCACGCAGCUGGAGGCACGCAUACCCAGCCCAUACACACUCCACACUUUCCUACACACACUCCAGGCUGGCCCACACCCCACUCCACUGACUGGUGCCCCAUUGCCGGAGUUGUGAUGGUUACACCCCUGCUUGCAUUUCUCUGUCCUUCGCUCUGAUUUUAUGAGCCCGUCCCGUAGGAAUAGUUCACUCCAAAAAGGAGGGGCUGGCUGUGUUUUUAUCCUACUUUCCCGGCAAGACCCAUUUGUCUCAGGGACGUUUCCACCCCAAGUUUGGGGAUUGCACUUUCAACCAGAGAAACUUUGGAAACGAAUUUAAUUAUUUCCAUUCCAAAAAAACAAAAAAAACACACCCCACAAUGUGCACAAUGACUUUAGGCUGUAAGAAUUCGUUGCUUGAUGUAAUUUUUUUUCCCCCGUGUCCUUUCUUCCCACAGGAUUGUAAAAAGUGUUUUCCCCACCCCCACUUUUAAACUUUGUAUAUCUUGGAGUGAGACUUGCCCUAUUAAUAAGCCAGAGGCCUUUGAGAAAAGAACACAACAACCCUUUCCCCUCGUUUUGCACUAUCGCGGCUUUCCAUGGUGUUUAAAUGCUUCGUGUUUUUUUUAUUAUUAUUAUUUGAAUGUAGUUUGGAUGCUGCCAGCCACACACACAAAAUAAUGUAGGAAAAGUUUGACCUCCGGGUACUUUUGGGGGGUGAUUUUGUUACCGAGUGUGCCAUGCUUCGCGGAACCAGGCUGCAGAGUGGAACCUUGGAAGAUAUUGGAUCGUUCAGUCACAUUGCUGGAUUCAAAUGAUAUUUAUUGUCUAUUGUGUUAGCCUUAACUCUUAAAGGAAAGUAGCACCCCCCCCCCUUUCUCUGAGCCCGAGCGAAAUUCUAUUUAACAAUGGAAAAUACAGUGUAAUUAUUCCCCUCCCCCCAAAAAACAAACUUUUGCAUAGAGCAACAUUAAGAACGUGGAGUUUGUUGUUUUGUUUCGUUUUAAGGAGAAAAUUACAUCGAACAAAAGCUUAUCGGGAUUUCCCCUCCCCCCCUUCUGUAUUUUGACAUGAAACUACCUCAUUCUAAUAAAGUUUAAUUUUUCAGA